AUUGCGUUUAGUUUAGGUGGUUGGUCAGUAACAGUGAUGUAACGAUGGUGUGAAUUCCAUGUGAUAUGUCUAGUAUGAGUCAGUUGAUUAGUCCCAAUGAUGCUUCACUCGAGCACUGCUUCACGAAUAUUUUUGCACUGACUGAUUUUAGCGGUAUACAGUACCAAAAAUAUAUUCUUCAUACCCCAAAGGAAUAUCAUGAUCCACUGAGUGAUCCUAUUAUAAAGUCGUAUGCACUUUGUCAGAAAAAUGGUGUUCUUUCUGCGUGGGUGCGUUCCAAACCAGAGGCAUCAGACUUCUCAGAUCCAUGUGCUUUCUCCAAGUUUUCGAAAGAGUUGUGGGUUUUUUGGUAUGGUAAUGAUGACUUCCCAAAUACUGAAAGCUGUAUCCUCCCUGAGCUCCGCAAGGAAGAUCAUGGAAAUUGGCGUCAAGGAUUAUCAUACGAAACAAGAACUGUCCUGUUCCGAGCGUUGCAUAACGUUGUUGAAAGAUGUUUGCUCACCAAAGGUUUUGUACGUUUGGGAAAGUGGUUUGUACAGCCCCGAAAAUUCGGUUCCAGCGAUGACUAUGUGCAGUACAGUGUCAGCUUUUCGUUUUUUCUACAUGGAGAGAGUACGGUGUGUGCAAGCUUAGAUAUCCGUCAACAUACUGCUGUACAAAGAAUCAGUGCCGACCACAUCCAGAAGUGUUUUUCAACUCAGACCACCAUACCUGAAUUGACGGGCUUCACCUCUCAGAAAAAAGACGAAUGUAUGAUUAUGGAAUCGGAAGCAUGGUCAACCUUCUACCCACUUAAAUCUAGUCACGAAUGUGACUCUACUAUAAGUGUAACAGGUUUGCCAUUUUUUGCUAUGGCUACACCAACAAAUCAGAAUUUACGUCAGCAGAACAGAUUCAAUAGUGAUAAAAAGCGAACCAUAGACGAAGCCAAUCGACGAUGCACAGAUGUAUCUCCCAAAUUUGUUGAAGUAGUUGUAGAUGGCUUUCGUAUGAAAUAUCCCAUGUGCUUUGUGCUUGUCACCGCUGAAAAUGAUAUACCUAGUCAUCCGGAACGUAGUUCAACAUUAGAAAGUGAAACUGCUGCUCAAACAUCUGAAGUGUCAGCCCAACCUUUGUCUACGAAUAUUUCGGUCUCCUGUAUGUCAAGCAAAUGCAAUUCUAUGUAUAAUAAUCACGUUUUCAACAAGUUAAAAACAUCCUCUUUUUGGCGACCGAGCAAACGAAAACAACGUGCAUUUAUUAGAAAUCAUCGUACACCUUAUUUAGCUUGGUUAAAGACUAUUAUUUCCAGUAGUCCUCUGCAGUCUGACUUCUUAGUAGAUAUUCGUCACAUUUAUUUAGCUGGAAGAACGCUGCAACGUUCAUCUCACGGUAAUCAUCUUUCCCUUUCACUCAAAUCAGAGUGGCAACCGAAGAGGUCUCAUGUUUCUGAUAAAGACGUGGGCGGAAAUACUGAUGAAUUUCCUGCCUCAGUAUCACCGGAAAUAUACUCAUUGCCUGUGCACGAUCCUUGUGCAGUCUUGGAGUGUUGUUGCAACAGGUUCUCACGAUUUCGUCAAACUGCUGUCUGCAGCUCAUUUCACCAACAAGAUCCCUAUCUUCGACGCUCCAUGAAAUCAUCAGUUCAUUUUCAAGCACCUUUCUGUGAUCGUCCGAGGACUCCACUCCCUAUAGUUACAGCCAACUUAUCUGCUACUCAUGACCCAUCCAUGCCAACUCUAAGUCCUCAGCAACCUGCUCCGAGUCAACCAUCUAAUCUCAGCUCUAACACUGUACUCAAUGAAUUAAGCAGUGAUUUUUCUUGUGACCAAAAUGUAUCCCAGUGCACACCAACUUCCAAUCACCUCCCAACAGCGCCUCAACCUCCAUCACUUCUUGCUAAACCUGAAAAUAACGCAAUAUUAUCUUCAGUUGUAAAGAUACCUAAUGGAUUGGUCACUGCUGAUUUACCUGUUUUCUUGGAUUCCCAAUCACAAUACGCCAAAAUGUCUACGCGGCGCAUUCCAGUUGCUUCGGUAUCUGUAACCAAAAGGAAUUUAUUCAAUACUUGGCUAGCUCGAUACGCGGUGCAGGAAUCGCAGCAGGAACCUUCCAAUGAUAUAAGGCGUCCUAAUCUUUGCCUCAAUAUUCCAGAUCAAAUUGAAAGAGAAAAGCAUAUGUACUUAGAUGGUGUUUCCACUCAGUCUACAUUUGAACAGUCAUCCUCAUCCUUUUCAAACUGUAUUGUCGAAGACAUUACGCUCAACAAAGAAAAUGGCGUAAUUACUGAUGAAUGCUUAUAUCGAAACAAGCGCCUUCGUCAUGCUGUAUGUCGUACUGAUUAUAAUGAAUGCUGUUUAAACGACUCUGCGCCAAUCACAGCAACAGACACUUCGAAUGUCAACUUGACUUCUAUCAAUUCAUAUUCCCCAGAUGUGAAGGCUGAUAUCACAGAAUUCAAUGGUCCUAUUGAUGACCAAUAUAUUAAUUCUACAUUAGAAACAAAUGUUCAUUCUGGAUUGGUGCAUUCCAAUGGGACCAUGAUUAAUUCAAGUGGAGCUCUUAAUCGUAAUGUUGGACUGAUUACUCAUAGAGGAGUCAGUCUUGCCAGUAGCACUGGUUCUGGUCCUAUCGGACCAGCAGAGUUGGCACUGAUGCUUCCCACUCCACCUUCUCAUGAUGCUCCUCAACCCAGUCCUGUGGAUGGUGUUUCAGUUGCUGCUAACCGCGUGAAUGCGUCAGCAACUUCAGUAAGCACUCCCGGACCUGGUUCUCCAUCUUUACAAACAGUUCCGGACUUAGUGUCUUCUGUUUCAGUGGACAAUUUAUCUCACCCAAUUUCUCAACCUUAUCAGUCUGUGAAUUCGCCACUACCUCCUCAAAGCCAAGGAUUAUGGCAUCUUGCGAAACAACCAUGCAUACAAAACCUCAGUAGUGUCAGUAAGGAAUCUCAAGAUUGGUCAUUUGUUCAACCAUGUGCCGCUUAUCUUGGUAUGACUAGCAAUUAUCAAAUUCCUCAUGAAGAAAUUUCAUUGUUCGCAAAAUCUCUGCCACAAUUAAAGUGGUCAUAUGAUCAUCGUGUAUCAAAUCAAAAGUCUACGACAUUAGAUUUCCCAGAUCCACAUACUGCUGGCAGUCAGUCUUUUCCAUCAAAGUCUUGGUUAAUGUCUCCGAAUUCACUCCCUCCCAUUUCCUUACAUCGAGGUGUAACAAGUACAGAUAACAAACCUUGUUCACCUCAGCAUCUAAAUGAAUCUGUGAAUACAUAUCCUGUAGUAGGAUUUGUAAAGACGAAAGAUUUUGCAAGUCAAAAUACCAGUUGCAGAGAGGAGUUUGCGGAAUGGUUAGCUAGUUUGCGUGAAACAAAUGGACUUCUAGUAAAUUUAAUUCUCUCAGAUUCUAUGCUGAAUCUAUUUAAAGAUCACAAUUUUGAUUCAUGUAAUAUUUGUGAAUGCACAUCAUCUAUUUUGGGCUCUGAGAUUGGAUUGUACUUGUCCAAUUCAACAUCUUCAUCAUCACCUUGUAAUAGAUCCACGCGAAUUAGCACUUCGGCUUUUGGUGGUCAUGAUCUAGUUGGUGUGUCUGGAUUUCACUUUACGCGAGGAUGUAAGUGUGGAUUUAGUGCUGUAAUGAAUCAAAAGUAUGUCGUUAAUGGAAAUUUAUUCUAUGAGGAUGAAAUUGAAGUUACACGGCUGUCUGUUCGUUCUGCCCUGGGUCAAAACAGUGAAAAUUCAUAUUCUCGUCAACCUAACUACCACACACGUCCAGGUUGGUGGAUAACUGGUUGUCAACCCUCUGUUAGUCAUUUACUUCUACUCCAACAAAUAAUGAGCAGUGUCUUUGAGGAGUUCAGCGUGAGACAAGUAACCGAUCUUCUAAGGUGGAAUAUGUUAUCACAUGAUCAAUGCAUAAAAGAAAAUGAGUUAGAAUAUGAUGAUGCAUGUGCACUGAUUUCAUCUGCUAUACACAAUUCGGCGGAAACAGUAGACUCGUUUAUCAAUUUAGAAUCCAGUGCAAUCGGUGCAUCUCAUGGAUUCUCAGAAAAUAAUGCAUACAUUCAUCCAUCCUUUUUCCUUAAAGCUCGCUCUAAAAUACCACAGAAUCAGAAUGAUCAAAUACGAUUGUUAACCGCUAUGCGUCCAUGGCUUCAGGAGGCUAUUUCGUCUACUAGGAUGCUUGAAUCAAACUACACUGUCGAUGGACCGCUCACUUGGAAGGCCUUCCAUCAACUUGCUGGUCGUGGCUCUGAUGAAACAUGUAAACCUCAACCAAUCCCCCAGCUUCGCAUUUGUAGUUGUGACCAAGAUAACUUGCUAAUUUCACCAUUUGCUGUUCGUGAUUGGGAUCGAUUAUCGUUUUUCCCUUUAUCGCGACCGAAACAGAUUGCCUACGCUGUUAUCCUGCCUUCGGAUUCACAUAUGUUAUCUGACUCAACUCGUAGUGUCCAAAACGGUUUGAUUCCUGAAAGCACCGAAAUGAACUCAGUUUCUUCAUCGUCAUCAACUUCGAUGAUACUUUCUCUUAUCGAAUUUCUAAAAGAAUUAUCACAUACUUAUGAAAAUUGCCAUCUUGGUCAGCAUUUUCCUUACUACAUGCCAGAGACAGGCUCUCCAAAAACAGCUUUUAUCCCUGUCUUUCCUAAUCCAGAGCGUCUCUCAUUAUCAGAGUGUGAUAGCUUUGGGAGUCUUCCACCAGACCUACUGAAAACACUUACUGAACAACUGGGAAAUUAUUCACUAUGCGCAGAAUCAAUUCUGAGAGUCAUUCAUAAUUAUGCCUGCUGCUCUGUUCAUUCCGCUGUAGCUGCAUUAAAAAAACAUGGUGUUGCUGUGGGUUUUUCCUCUCAUAUGCCAAAUAAUUCAGUGUUAUUUCCAGCUUUUGAUUCUACAAAGUCUGAAAUUCCUGGUAUUUCUAUAAAAACUAGUCAGGACGAUGAUAUUAAACCGGGCAUCAUCAACCGACAUACUAUCUCUAAUAGAAAGGAUAGUAACUUUUCAGUCCGUUACAACAAUGGUCAAGGUUCCGUUACAACUUCCCUAGAUACAUCCUCCUGGGGAACUGAAAAUGAUAUUUAUUUGGUAAUCUACAUUCUGAAUCCUUUCUCAUAUUUGUGUGAUAUAAGCACAGAGCUGAAUCGACUUGUUAUGCAGUCACUGGUUGGUUGUGCUAAUCAGAUAUUGAAUUCUUUACCAGAAUCAUGGCGGUCACGUGUUACCACUCAGCUACUAUCUCUUGAUCAUGUUAUGUCUGAUUAUUCACCUCGCUUGCGUCCUUUGGCCUUGGCACUGUACACAUCUGUAAAGCGUUUUAUCGAGCCUAGUCUGAUAAAUGCAAAUCGUACAUUAACUGGUUUAGGUCCAGCUGCUGAAAAAGAAACAAUUUCAACUGAGAAAGAUAGCUUCCAUAGACGAACAAUUUUCGCUCCUCCAUAUACACUUUUCAAUUCUCGCGAUAUACCUGGCCAUUUAGAUAUUUCAUCUGAACCACUCGAUCGGUCCUCCGUUUUAUUUGUAGCAUACUGUCUUUCACAGGAUCAGCAAUGGCUUCUUGCUACUUUUACAGAUGAGCAAGGUGGUCUGUUAGAUCAUACUUUGAUAAAUAUUCGUGUUCCGGCAAGAUAUUUUUCUGAAAAUGAAAGUCAACGCUUUCAGUCGACAGGAUCGGAUAAGUGUAUCUUAAGCCCUCGUCGUAUUGGGCUUGCACGACUUUGGGAUUAUAUUAUUAAUCUUAUUGGUCAAACUUCCAAUCCUUGGCGUCUUGUAGUAGGAAGGAUCGGCAGGUUGGGACAUGGGGAACUGAAAGGUUGGAAUGGACUGCUAGGUCGUAAGAGCCUUCAAGAUGUAAACAAGUUUUUCCGAGAUCGUUGUUCUUCUUGCAGUAUAUCUUCUUGCGUCCCUUCACAUUCAGCCAGUAAUUCCUCUGUAAUUAACGGUUCCAAACCUAUGUUGAAUCUAGUUAACAGUCAUAGUGGAGCAAACAGUUGUACCCAUGAACUUCCGAGUCUAAUCAGUGCUUGUCUUGUGUCUCUUGAGCCUCAAAGCACAUUCCGUGUUUAUCCUGGUUUCAGUUUGUGUUCAGAUGAACCAUGGACGUAUGGAGGAGGCGGAGGAGGUGGUGGUGCGGGCGGUGGUGGAUCAGGAAACACCGGUAGUGCUGGUGGAAGUGGAGGUCUUAAUAACGGUGUUAACAAUUCAUUUUAUGGAGCUAAUGCAUCACCAGUUGUGAUGAGAAUGAUGUCGAUGUUGGAUACCCCAACAGCAUCUACAGAAAAUCCUAGUGCGACUCAUAUAUUGGUGUUUCCCACCAGUACUUCAGCGAGUGGCGUAUCUGAACACGAACCUUCAGGAUUAGCAGAAGUCAUUUAUGGAAUGGGUUCUGAUGACAUGGGUGUAUUUGAUUGGCUUCUUCCCAAUGAUCCCGGUCUUGACGAUCUCGUUCCUCCAAACGGUUCAACAGCAGAAAUGUUGGCUGAUUUUGGUAACCCAUCAGAGUUGAAUUUUGGUCUUUCAGAUUUGGGACCACCAGUCUGCGUCAAUGGUAUUGGGGAUGGUACUGGGAAAUCUAAUACAAGAAUGGGUGAUGCUGCUGAUGGUUUACACGGACAGAACGACUAUGUUAGUAGUCUCCAUGAUAAUCGGGUGCAUGGUCGCUUGUCAGAUGUCAUUGGUUUGCGUGGACUUGAAUCUGGACUACUGGAUAUUGGUCCAAACCAACCCAAUGAUACUGGAGUUUAUUCGGAUGAACAUUCCUUUGGACGUUCCCUGAAUCCGCUCAACACAAUGCCUUUUGGAAUACAUGACCCUACUGAUGAAGUGGCAAGUUUAAUGCAACAACCGUUAGCGAUGGGAUAUUACAUCUCUACAGCUCCUGCUGGUCCAUUGCCUACAUGGUUUUGGAUUGCUUGUCCACAUUCUAAAUUCCAAUACCCAGUAUGUCUAAAGUCUGCCUUACAUUUACAGACCACAUUGGUUGGUGUCGAUGACGCUGCGGCCGCGGCUGCAGCUCCCCCACCAAGUGCAAGUUCAGCUGGUCCAGGAGUGGGACCAUCAUCAAAUCGUCCGGGUCAUCUUCUAGAUUCAAACAGUACAUGUGACGUAUUAAGAUAUGUUUUGGAAACGUACAAUGCUUUAUCAUGGCUAACCAUCGAUCCGACAACAAAUGAUCGUAGAACAUGUCUGCCUAUUCACAUACUUUCCUUAUCACAAAUUUAUCAGGCUUUUGAAGCAUUCACCUGAUUUAAUUACAUGUGUGUAAUUUAUUUGUAGAUAAUGAAGUUAAGUGGCAGCUUGUAAUAUGCUAAUAAAUCUUUCAAGAAAAUCUAAUGAUAUCUUCAUCCUAUUCUCUUCUUUCCUCUUUUCUUGCCAGUUGUAAAUGCGCUGUUAUUCCACCAGGGUAUAUAUUGUUUCCUAAUGAUAAUGAUGGUAGUAGUAUUCUCAGUACCCUGUUAUUGAUUAACUCAACAGUUAUCUAAUGUUAACCUAUGUGAUUUUUUGUACAGACUAGUAUUUUUAUUCCUGGACAAUCCUGUCGCACUUGUAUAGAUAUUUUUUAACAGACAAAUUAAUUAUUAGGAUCUUUUGUUCUAUUCUGUUGUCUCUUCCUUUUACUGGUGAUGAAGAAUGUAAAAAUUGCUUGCUGGCUGUGUGCGUGGAAUCACUUACCUUUUUUGUUUCACUUGUUAGCUUUUCUUUUUCAGUGUAGACAUAUCUGCAUUUCAUACUUUAUCAUUUUGAUGAUUUUUCCUGAAGUGUGUAUGAAUGUGCAGUUGUGUGCAUUCCAUUCAAUGACAGAAGGCAUUGGUUAGUCCAUUGUCUGUUUGUACUCUGGGAAGUCGUUAUUAUCUCCUGUUUUCCGCUGUUUACAAGCCGAAAUAAAUAUUUGUUUAAAAAGCUUUCGUUUGUAUGUAUCUCUACAUAUUACGUUGUAAACCUGUUCAUAGUUCGUUGUUGUCGUUGUAGUUAGUUAACUGAUAUCGUUUAUUGAGAUUUGACAAUUAUAAUUGUGUGAUUUAUUAUACUUUUAUUAGUAUACAUCUAUACAUGUUCAGCUAGAUUUCUGGUUAGUCACCUGUUUGUGUGCCUUCUUUUUAAUCGUGAAAAAUGUGUGAUGUUUUUACUGUUCUUCUCUCGUCUCCAUCCCUGCUUUUUUUUAUUUUACUUCUUUUCUCACUUCCUUUGUUAACUCCUCCCAGAAGCCGACAGCUACAAAAACCACAACUUUAUUGUCUCCAUAUUUCACUCAUUUACUGCAUUGUUGAUCGAUAUUGAUUGUACAUGUAUAUAAAUACGAUAUUCUUUACUUAGUAAUAAUUAAUUUUAGGUAAUUCCGAUUGGAUUGUUAUCUGUGAGUUUUUUUGAGUCUAAUAUUUAUUCAUUUAUGGUAAAAUCUUUCCAACAGCUAUAGCAAGCAUCAUUUACCAUUAUCGAUUGGAAUAGUUAGGCAGCUACCAUCACUUUCAAGUUUAUUUGACGCUGGUGAUGUUGCUGUGACCAGCUUUUUGGAUGAUGUGGGUGACUUAUUGAGAUACUUCCUAACCAGUAGAAUCAUGAGGAUCUUCCCAUAACCUAUCUUCAUGCAGAAGAAGUAUAACAUUGCAGUUCAUUUACCCAGUACAAGCUUAUUUGUGAGGGUUUAUUGUUCUAAACAGCCUGAAAUACAUGAGUCGGUAACCUUUUGCUUUAAAGUUGACUACCCGAACUACUAAGUAUGGUUUAUUGAGAAAGUCUUCAAAAGGUAAUUAAUAUUGAUGGGCUGUGGUUAACAGUAAAGACCACAAUACCUAUUACUCUGCUUUUCCACCUCGUUAAGUGGGGUCAGCAAUAAAUUAUGUCCAAAUACAAUUAAAACAUUUGUAAAACAAGUUGGUACGUUA